GCCCCCAACCCACGCCCCGCACCCCAUUCUAAGGAUAUGAUUACUCUUGUCCAAUCAAAACAAGUAACCGAUCACCAUCACGAUCACAUACCCACGUCAAAACAUUUCGUGCAGAAACAACGUUAAUCGAUCGAAAAGGAUCCUUCCUGACUGUACCUGAUCAUCAAUGGCGGAAAUGGGUGGGCCGAGGCUGUACAGCUGUUGUAAUUGCCGAAACCAUGUUGCUCUUCACGAUGAUAUUGUUUCCAAAGCUUUUCAGGGGAGAAACGGUAGAUCAUUUCUUUUCUCUCAUGCAAUGAACAUCUCCACCGGACCGAAAGAAGACAGACGCUACAUGACUGGUCUUCACACAGUUGUGGAUGUCUACUGCUGUGAUUGCCAUGAGGUGUUGGGUUGGAAAUAUAUACGAGCGUAUGACAGACGACAGAAGUACAAGGAAGGAAAAAUUAUUCUCGAGAAAUCAAGAAUUGUUAAAGAAAACUGGUAGAGUCAUGUUGCAUCCAUCAUAAUGUAAAUUCUUCUAUGUGUAUGAAGCGUAUCCAUAUGUUCUUGUUUUUGUAUAAGAUCUCUUGUAUGAUUGUAAAGUUGUACUGUCCCUAUGUUUUCAGUAUGAGCAUUGCAAAUUUGUAUUCUCUGUGGUCUUGGUGAUGGAAACCCUUUAUCAUUUAUUAGAUCUUUUGUUGGUUGUUA